GGAGCUUUUCACCCGCUCCCUCCCUCCCCGCAUCGCUUCAAAGCCAAGGGAAAGCCGAGAGCCCAACGGAACCGAGUCGCACACGCGCCUCGCCUGCGCUUUUUCACCGAUAGCCCAAUGCAGCCUGCGCGCGCGCCAAUGGCGAGCUCCUCCACGCCGACGCGCCUCUAGGUCUCGCCUGCGGCGGCGGUCGCCAUGGCGUCGCGUCAUUGGAAUGCUUCUCCCGCGGUGGCGCCGGCGGGGAAGGACUCGCCGCAGCCUGCCUCGCCGACAUCCCCUCCGCGGCCCGCGGCGGAGCUCCCGCUCGGCGCGCCGGAGGCCAAGGAGAGCGUCACUGUCACCGUCCGCUUCCGGCCUCUCAGCGCGCGGGAGAUUCGGCAAGGGGAGGAGAUCGCUUGGUACGCGGAUGGCGACACCAUCGUGCGGAGCGAGAAGAAUCCCGGCAUCGCGUACGCCUACGAUCGAGUCUUCGGACCAACUACAACAACACGUCAUGUAUAUGAUGCCGCAGCUCAGCAUGCUGUUAGUGGUGCCAUGGAGGGAAUAAAUGGUACAAUAUUUGCAUAUGGAGUUACAAGCAGUGGCAAGACACAUACAAUGCAUGGAGAUCAAAGUUCCCCAGGGAUUAUACCUUUGGCUGUGAAAGAUGUAUUUAGUAUAAUACAAGAGACUCCAAAUCGAGAGUUUCUGCUCCAUGUAUCAUACUUGGAAAUCUAUAACGAGGUUGUCAACGAUCUACUAAACCCUUCAGGGAAGAAUUUACGAGUUAGGGAGGAUCUUCAGGGAACAUUUGUUGAGGGCAUAAAAGAAGAAGUAGUGUUGUCUCCUGCACAUGCUUUGUCCCUUAUUGCAGCUGGAGAAGAGCAUAGACAUGUUGGAUCCACUAACUUCAAUCUGCUAAGCAGCAGAAGCCAUACAAUUUUCACACUGACAAUAGAGAGCAGCCCCUGCGGUGAGUCUAGCGAAGGGGAACCAGUUACCUUCUCACAGCUGAACCUCAUCGAUCUGGCAGGUUCCGAGAGUUCAAGGGCUGAAACUACAGGAGUAUGCCGGAAGGAAGGAUCUUAUAUCAAUAAAAGCUUACUGACCCUUGGGACGGUGAUAUCAAAACUGACUGAUGGAAAAGCUACACAUGUUCCAUUUCGAGAUUCGAAAUUAACACGGUUGCUACAGUCAUCCUUAAGUGGUCAAGGACGUGUUUCUCUAAUAUGCACCGUUACUCCAGCGUCAAGCAACUCAGAAGAGACUCAUAACACAUUAAAAUUUGCCAACCGUGCGAAACAUAUUGAGAUCCAAGCAUCGCAAAACAAGAUUAUGGAUGAGAAAUCUUUAAUAAAGAAGUACCAAAAUGAAAUUCGCCAAUUGAAGGAAGAGCUAGACCAACUGAAAAGGGGUAUACUUACUGGCACUCCUUCAAAAGAUGCUGCAGAAGACAAUGUCAUUCUUUGGAAACAGAAGCUAGAAGAUGGUAAUGUCAAACUUCAAUCUAGACUGGAACAAGAAGAAGAAGCUAAAGCUGCAUUGCUUGAGAGGAUACAACGUCUAACAAAGCUAAUCCUGGUUUCCACAAAAGCAACUCAGACUCCUAGAUUGUCCCAACGUCCUGGCCCAAGGAGAAGACAUUCUUUUGGUGAAGAAGAGCUGGCAUAUCUCCCACAUAGAAGGCGAGAUAUCAUAUUGGAGGGUGAAAGCAAUGAUUUAUUCGUUCCUAUGGAAGGAUUUGAUGAAACACUUGAAGUUUCUUCCAAAGGGGAGAAGAAGAAUCGCAAAGGGCUCCUUAACUGGUUCAAACUUCGGAAACAUGAUGGUGGCUCUGCUGCUCAGACAAGCUCGGAUGGUGACCAGAGGAAAGCAUUCGCUGCCCCUUCGACACCCUCAGAGAAUGGAAUUAAUUUUCCAUCAGAACAAGGGAUGUCUAAUUCUUUGCUUGCUGAGAACGUAUCAACUGAUAUGUUGAGUGUUUACCAUGACGAAUUUCAUUCUGAUAGCCUUCCUGGAGAAGAAGCUCCUGUGGUCAGCAGAAAAACCACAGAUCAUGUUGAUCUUUUGAGACAACAAUUGAAGAUCUUGUUAGGAGAGGUUGCACUCCAUACAAGUGUUCUAAAGCGCCUCACAGAGGAAGCUGGAAGAAGCACAAUGAAUGGACAUAUUGAGAUGGAAAUGAAGAAAGUCAAUGAAGAGAUUAAGGGCAAGCAGCAGCGGAUAGCAUAUUUAGAAAUGCAGAUUAAGGGGAAGUUUUAUCAGUUAGAACGUCCACUGUCUCACGCAGAGCUACUGGAGCAACUCAAUGAGAAAGCCUUUGAACUUGAGGUGAAUACAGCAGAUAACAGAAUAUUGCAAGACCAGUUAAAGCAAAAGGGAAGCGAGUACCAGGAAUUACAAGAAACAGUUGCGCACUUGCAAGAACAGCUUUCCCAAGCUCUUGAAGCUAAUGAUUUAUUGUCAGAAAGCAUCAUAUUUCAGCAGAACACAAGUUGUGAAAUUGGAUCACAAGUUCACGAAGGAAAUCCAUCAUCUAUAGAUGUCUCUGAUGAACUGCUGCAAAAAGCACAGCAGUCAGAGAUUAAUGAACUGAAGCAAAGAUUGCAUGAGCUCACUGAAGCCAAAGAUCAACUAGAGGCCCGUAAUCAGAAGCUGCAAGAGGAAAGUAUGUACGCGAAAGGCCUGGCCUCAGCUGCAGGCGUUGAACUGAAAGCACUGUCUGGAGAGGUCACCAAACUCAUGAACCACAAUGAGAGGCUUGCUAGUGAGUUGGCAUCAGCAAGAAAUUCAACUCGACGACGUGCAAGCAAUGGUCCAAGGGUUGCUAGGAGGGGUAGCCAUAUCGAACGGUAUGAGCCAGCUAGCAGAAGAGACAUUCAUGGUAUCUACGAGAGAGAACAGGCUCUGGAAAUCAUGCUUAUGGAGAAGGACCAAAGAGAGGCGGAACUCCAGAAGAAAAUCGAGGAGUCGAAGCAGAAGGAAGCCUUCCUGGAAGGAGAGCUUGCGAAUGUGUGGGUUCUAGUGGCGAAAUUGAAGAAGACUCAGGGGAUUGACUAAGAUGAUAUGGAUGCCAAAUUUAACAGAUCAUGACACUGGAAAGGAUCAUUGUAGAAAACAAUUGUCUGAUCAUCUCAGCUUCGGCAUUGCACUUUGCUUGGGUGUGGGGGUUCUGCCCCAGUGCGAAUCAGUGUAUAUGACUGUAAUUAGUUGUAUCAGAAUCAGUGUGUUGUAUAUAUCAAUUAGGGUUAUGACUUCGUUCUGAGGAUUGUCAUGCCGGUCUGGUUUGUCGAGGGCUUUCAACCAUUUCGACUACAGUUUGUCCGGUUGAAACAAACGGAAGUCUGAUGAUGCCUCCAAAGCAAAUGCUGAAUGUGAAUAUGCUGGUACUGUGUGAUGAAACAAAUAGUUGGUGGGCCAUCUUGCCUCUUUUUUUAAUCAUCUCUUUCCUUUGGGCUGCAUAAUACAAUAACCACGCUUGGAUGUUAUGCCCAUGUGAUAUUGUGAUUUGACAUUCAGUUUCUUUGUAAUGGUAACAAUGC